AUGAACCACCGACUCGAAACCCUUCGCUAUGCCAUCCUGCUGGAUGUACUGCUUUUUUGGCCUUCUGGCUUGGUCGCUAUCAUUAGAACUUCGCUAAGUUGUCAAAAAAUCUCAGACCAAUAUACCGCAUCCACAUACCUCGCCGAGGCUACAGCUACUUCUUUCAAAGCUCAUAGUGUUCUGGCCGCCAUCAAUACGAUCAAAGCGGUUGCUCAGGCUAUCUCACAGCCUCCGAUUGCAAAACUUAGCGAUCUAGUGGGUAGAGUCGAAACCUACGUUCUCUGUGUCUGUCUUUAUGGAAUCGGAUAUGUGAUGGUGGCUACUUCCCAAAGUAUCUUUUUAUACGCUUUUGGUACGGCGACCAACAUCCUUGGGAUCACCGGGCUCUACCUUUUACAGGAAAUCGUGAUUGGUGAUGUAUCUUCGCUGCGGAAUAGGUUGUUCUGGAGUAUAUUCCCUUCGGUGCCUGGCUCGAUCAAUGUCUGGUUGGGUGGUAAUUUAGCAGAAACCAUGCUUGAUCGAAGUACUUGGAGGUGGGGAGUAGGCAUGUUCGCAAUUAUGACGCCCAUACUCUCCCUCCCAAUCAUAUGCUCCCUUGGUUAUACUCAGUAUCGUACCCGACAUGAGACUAGAGCAGCACGCUCCGUUAGCUUGCCCGGCUCAUUUCUUGAUAAAGUUCGACAUUGGAUCAUAUUGAUCGAUGGCAUCGGUAUACUCCUCCUCUUAGCCGGGUCCGGAUGUAUCUUGAUAAAUAUUACAAUUGCAAACGCAUAUGGUUCAACCUGGGGAUCCGCACAUUCCAUCAUCCUUUUCAUCGUCGGCGCAUGUUCAUCGAUCGGAUUCGUAUUUUGGGAGAUCUACGGGGCUGAGAAGCCUUUGCUACCAUUAUAUCUAAUGACGAACCGAACGGUAAUGAUUGGAAUGUUAUUAGCGAUAGCACAUCCAGCUGCUGGGAGUAUCGCUAGCGAUUACUUUUACACCUUCCUGGUUGUUGCAGCUAAUCAAUCGGUCUUGAGUGCUACUAGGAUAUCUGGCUUAUCUACCUUCAUUUCAAUCUUCUCCUGUCUAUUUGCUGGUGCGGUGGUGAGCAGGCUAAGAAGGAUUAAAUGGAUCAUUAUAAUCGGCGCAAUUUGUGAUACACUUGGGCUCGGCUUGAUGAUACGGUACCGUGGAUCUGAAAAUUCGCUUUUCGAGCUGGUUUUACCACAGCUCUUUCGAGGAUUUGCAGAGGGUUUAGUCGGGUUUCCAGUACAGGCCUUGAUUCAGUCCAUGACUGCUCAUGAGCAUCUUGCUUCGAUAACCGCGAUCUACCUCACAAUCUUCUACCUUUCUGGUGGUAUUGGUGCUGCGAUAGGUGGCGGGAUUUGGGUCAACAUGGUACCUAAAAAACUCCACGCUUAUAUACAAGAUCAAGAUACGGUCAACUCGGCGUACGGUGAUCCUUUUAGUUUCGCUCAAGCUCACGCGCCCGAUAGUCCUGAGAGACUUGCGGUAGGAAGAGCGUACACUGAGACGCAGGCAAGUCCUUUAGCUAUCAAUUCACCUACUGUCUUUCAUAGCAGAUUGAAUAUACAACAAAGGCUGAUGUCUGAGAAGGUAAUUUUGACGGUGGCUACCGCUAUCGCAGGCAUCAGUAUCAUUCUUGCUUGCUUUUUAGAUGAUCCACAAAUGCCAGAUUUACAAAGUCGACCAGAAGCAGAAUUGAUGAAGAUGGAUGACGGAUCAAAAUCAGAUGAUCAGAUUGAAGAUCUUUGA